UCAAAUUAUAACAAGCACGACCCGCGCUUGUUACAAUUUGCAUUUCGCACUCUUGUUAAUUAUGCUUGAUUUCCUUGUUUCCGUCGACCAUGAAUUAAAAUGAAUUGAAGUGAAGUAGUUGGUCCUCCAACUUCUUCAUAGCAAACCCCUGCAAUUAGAAUCGAGAACGCCGAUCGAUUAACCCCCCCCCCCCCAGAAAAACCCAAAAAAAAAUUGAAUUAUAAUUCGCAGAUUCAUGGAGCUCAUGUUCGACAUUGUUUCGGCAGCUCCAUGGGUUCCGGAAGAUGACCUGCGCUUGAAGAACGCUGUCGAGGCGGGUGCUUCUUUGGAAUCACUUGCCAAAGGAGCGGUUCAAUUCUCCCGGAAAUAUACGCUCAGGGAAUUGCGGGAUCGAUGGCAGUCUCUACUUUAUGAUCCUGAUAUUUCAGCUAACGCUUCUGCUUCUAUGGUUAAUUUAGAGCAUCCUCCUCCGACUAUGCCUUCCAAAUCCAACGGGAAUGGAACUAAAGAAAGCUUGCCUGAUAGUUCCGCCAAAAGAAAAGCUCAAAGCAUUCGCAGGCAGUAUUAUGCCAUUCGCAAAAGACUUUGCAUGGAGAUGAUUGACUCUUUUGAUAAGGCUUUGCGUGAUGAAAUGAAUGUUGUUGAGAACGCUGGAGAUGAAGGCAUCUCUGAAAAGGAUAUGAUGAUGUAUGACUCUCUUGCAGGGUACUGUAGGAAGGGCGAUAAGGUUGAAAAGGAUAUCGGAUUUCAGGAACCAGGUACUGUAACAGCAAAAAAAGACAAUGGAGCUUCUUUGCUACAGGAAAAUGUGAAGAAGGAUAUGAAUAACUUACUUGUGGAUAAUUUAGUUGAUUAUAGGAAUUGCUCAGGGCUAGAGGAAGUAGGUUCCUCUCAUUCACUGCCUGAGCCACUUUGGAAAACAAUGGAGGAUAUCACAGCACCUACUAUGCCGGUCCACGUGAGCCUAGAAAAUAAAGAUCAACGUGUGGUGGAGCAGCCUGUACUUCCCAGUCAGUUGAAAGGCAAACAUGUCAGUGAUGUGUCAGAUGUUGCCACCAAAGAAGAAAUGGCAAACCUUCCUGAUUCGCUCUUAAACUUCACUAAUGAUGAUGAGCUGUUGUUUAUGGAUAUAGAUGGGAAAGAUGCACCUGAUAAGUCUUGUUAUGACAACCUUGACUCGCUUCUGUUGAAUUCUCCUAGUGAAAUCCAGAGCAGCGAUGCACCUGAUGUGCGUGAAUCUCACAAGUCAAAUAAAGAAACGCAGCCUAUUCCUCAUGAUGCAUCUACUAAUGGGUUAGAGGUUGCCAACCCAUCAGACUGCUGCCAUGGUGAUCUGCACCCUACUUCUAAUCCUGGUAAUGAUGUGCAAUCAUCUGUUGCAAAGCAAAGUCUUCAUUGUGCUGACCUAGGCAAUGAAUUUACUCAUUGUGUAUUGAACACGGAGGACCCUGAAAUUCCAUCCAAUGAUGAUUUUGGCUUACCUCUUGUAGUUCCUUCUAAGACUCAAACAACUUAUAAGGAAGCUGGUUGUCCAGUUUCCACUUCUAGUAAUCAACCAAAUAUGGAACCAGAGGUAAACUUGAAGAAAGAAGGCAAUCCUUCACACCCAUCAACAAAUUCACAGAUAGUUCGACCAGCUUUGGUGGCCAACAUAAAGCCAAACCAACAGCCUGUUGGUGUUGCUAUGAAAACUGAAUAUCUUGGCAGAAACCAAUUUUCUGCAGUUUCGAGACAGGGUCACACAGCCAGUGUCAAUCCAAGUCAAAGCAGAUUAGUUCAUGUGGCCACGAAGCCUGCUGUAGAUGGGCAUCUGAAAGAAGAGGAAAUUGAUGCUCCAGCAUCAGCUAAGUUUUCUGCACAUUCAAAAGCAGAUAAACAUAAUGAUUUUCCUAAAACAGAAAGAAGCCCGUUAGGUUUAGAUCAGGAAGAAGAAGCAGAAGAUGAUGACAACGAUGAUAAUGACAUUCCUUACUUUUCUGAUAUUGAGACGAUGAUUCUUGAAAUGGAUCUAUGUCCAAUUGAUCAAGAUUCAAGUGCAAGUAGAGAAGCUUCUAGGUAUCAACUUGAAGAUUCCAAGAGGACCAUCAUGAGACUGGAACAAUGUGCUCAAUCCCAUGUGCAUAGAGCCAUUGCAUCACGGGGUGCACUUGCUAUGUUAUAUGGGCGGAACCUGAAGCAAUAUAUUAAGAAAAGCGAGGUUAUACUCGGCAGAGCAACAGAAGAUGUAAAAGUUGAUAUUGACUUGGGAAGAGAAGGGCGGGCUAACAAGAUAUCUAGACGACAGGCUCUAAUAAGGAUGGAAGCAAAUGGUUCUUUUAUUAUAAAAAAUCUUGGCAAGAGUUCGAUCUUCGUGAAUGGCAAGGAAAUUUUCACUGGGCAGGUGUGGGGUCUUGUUUCUGGUAGUCUGAUUGAGAUCAGAGACAUGUCGUUCAUCUUUGAGAUCUACGACAAAUCCGUGAGGAGGCUUUUGAACAAUGUGGAUAAGAAAAGCGAUGAUAUCGGUAACAAAUUUAGUUUGUUACCCGAGGGAGGUCAGGAGGAAGAGAAAUGGCAUGGGAAGGCACGCUCAUAAGUAUUACAGGUAGCAUCCUUGUGCCGGCCAAAAGAUAGAUGACGCGACACUUCAUAAUUAUUUUUUGAAAUGAGCUGCCGAUUGCAUCUCCGAACUCUGUAUAUAUAGAAAGAGAAAGAGGACAUAACAGCUGCAUGGAUAUGUAUUCCUCCUGCUGCAGAGUGACCACAGAUUAUCUUACAUGUUUUCCUUGUUGUCUUUUUCGUAAGAUAGAAGUAGUUUUCAUGGGGCCUUCAUCCUUAAUUAAAGUGUGGAAUAAUGAUAGGGGAAAUUACAUAGCUAAAUAAAUGGAAGUUAUUACCUUUUUUUGGGUAGUUUUUCUGACCCUUUCCUAAUUCUGAGGUAGGACUAGCCAGUAGGGCUCCAACUUAUGCAAUGAUGAUCUGUAUGGCUCUUUCGGCAGAUGCGCGAUGUAUGUUUUGAAGUUUGGGUUUA